AUGUCCAGGAUCGCGAUCGCUCCGUCUUCGGAGCAGCGUAGUAGCACGCAUAACAACCCGCUCGGCAUAUUUCGCCAGCUCUUCGAUUGGCGUGGCACGAACAAAAAGAAACAGCAAUCCGACAAAGCGGCCGCAGCUGCCACCUCCCGGCCGUCCGCGACUGCCAUCAAACCUCAACCGACCACUUCGCAUGGUUCGUCGUUGCCGAUCGCGCUCGACCAACCUCGCGCCCUGGUACCUACACCGAAGAAAGCUGCCGCCGUGCUCUUUGAAGAGCAGUACGAAAUCCUCAAGCAUUUGGGAAAUGGAUCAUAUUCGCAAGUCAAGCAAGUCACCCACCGGACCCAAGGCGGUACGUUCGCUGCAAAACUUGUCGAGAAGCAAGUGCUGUCCAAAACGGAUCGCGUCGCGCUGAGCCAGGAAGUGCUCAUUUUGUCCCGGAUGGAUCACCCGAACGUAAUGCGGCUCCACGAAGUCUUGGAAGACGAUUCCAAGUGCAUCAUGAUCAUCGAGUGCCUCGACGGCGGCGACCUCUUCGAUAGGGUCACGCAAAAGGGCAAACUUGCGGACGCCGAAGCGCAGGGUGUCAUGGCCGCUCUCGUCGAAGCCGUGUACUACUGCCACUCGCACUGCAUCCUGCACCGAGAUAUCAAGCCCGAGAACAUCCUCAUGUCGUCUAGCGGAAUCAAGCUAUGCGACUUUGGGUUUGCCAAGCAGCUCAACUCGGUGCAUGAGCGCGCCACCGACUCGUGCGGUACGCCCGGGUACGCCGCCCCCGAAGUCCUCAACGGCCGCAGCUACGGCUUCGAAGUCGACAUCUUUAGCCUCGGCGUUGUGCUGUACAUUCUGCUGUGCGGGUACCCGCCGUUCCCCAUGAAGCUCCAGAAACUUCGGAAACAUAAUUUUGAAGUGGUCUUUCCGCCAAAGGAGUGGAAUCACGUCGCAUACUCGACCAAAGAACUCAUAAAAUCGAUGCUGGCAGUCGAUCCAGCCCUCCGCCCAACUGCCCUCAUGCUCAAGCAGCACCCAUGGAUCCUGCAAGGCCACCGCCAUCGCGCUGUCGCGGCGUCCAACGAUUUGCACACACAGUUCACGUCCGGGGCUGGCGUGUCCGCGAUAAAGUACGGCCGACAAGGCAUCCCCCACGCAACGUGCAUCUCACUGUGUACAACGUGUCACAUGGUGUGGUGGCGCCCCAAGGACCUGGACCGCACGGCAUCCAUCGUGCACAAGCUGUUCUCGCCGCGGCGAAGUGCGAUGAACUCUCCGCAUGCUGCCCAGUGGGAAAACGCUGCCUGUCACAACCACCCGUCCAAAGGGAUCCUGGUCGCUGACAUCCACCAGAUCGUCCAGGGGCUCAAAACGCCCGUGUUUGAGCGAUCGGUGAGCCCCCGGCAGCACCUCGUACCGGAGCGGUGCUGUUCGAUCGUGACCGAGUCCAGAACGUUGGAUCUCGAGUUUGAGUCCAAGGAAGUUUGCGAUGCCAUCGUCGCGCUGUUCACGCAAGUGGUGACUGCGCAGCAGCCCACCACCAUCUAGUCCACUUGCAACAUGGACGUUAAUCUAUUUUGGAGGGCCGCAUUAUGUGCACACAGGACGGGCUCUGCUUGAUUGAUAUGGAAUGUCAGCGGAAGGGUUCAGGUGGGGGCGCGGUCGCUCGGCUCACUGAAAGGAAUGUGUCCAUGUCGGUAGGCAGCAUUUACACUGCUUUUUGCUUUCGCAGAGUGGCAACUUGGGUUAAGAACGGCCUUUCAUAUUUCCACACGAGCACGGCCGUCGCGAUGAAAGCGAUGCCGCCCACGAGGACGUGGCAAGCGUGGCGAAUGAGGCUUGGUCCCCGGAAAUAGAGCUCACUGGUGUAGGUGAUGACCCAAGAUACCGCCAUUGCAGCCAGGAUAAUUGGGUGCGGUAGCGACGCGAGGAACAGCGAGACCCCACUGGACGUGGUCUUUUGAAAGUAUGCAUGGAUGAACUGUAGGCAGUACGCAAUGCGGCAUGCCAUGUUGACGCAGUUGGCGAGGACUAUCCCGACCGACCCGAGCUCGCACACGUGAAUGAGCAAGACAGCGCUGGCGCUGGUGAUCCCGAAGAAGAGGACGAGGAAUUUGUUGAGCCGCUGGAGGGCUGCUUCGUCGCCGACAGCGUACACAAAUGCUUCGCAGAUGCCAUUCACUGCGAGAAAGUAUACGCACACGCAAUACGCAGAGAGGACGCGAGAGCUGUCGUCGAGGGUCUUGGCGUAGCCAGCGAGGAGGAAGAGCAGGGUGCGUGCGUAGUUGGUGGCAAAGAAGACGAACACAAGGCCCAAGAACGUCAUGGUCUUGAGCGCCAGUUGAAAGAGACGGAGAGCGUCGGGUUGGCCAGCCGUGGCGCGCGCUCCACUGCCAAGGAGCUUGCUGAACAUGGAUUUGGCGGCAUCUUCGAUCGGAAGGAACACGAGCCGCGGAGCCAGCGACCCGAUGUUGAACGCAAUCGCAUACUCCCCCUGCUGCUGGGGCGUUUCAAAGGCAGACAAGACGAGUCGAUCUCCCUCGGUAAGAAAGUACUUGAGAACGGAUUGGAGCGUGAGCGUCUUCCAGAAAUGCAAAAGAGUCGACCGGAAUCCGGCAGCAGCGUGCGGCAACAUGUCGCCAGCCGAGUGCAGCGGAAACUCCUGGACCGACAGUUGGCGGACAAAGAACUCGAGGUAGAUCGCGCCUUGGACGACGGCGAACGCGACCUGGGACAGCCCGAACGCGACCAUACCCACGUCGAAGUACAGCACGGCAACGACCUGGACGACAGCCUUCGCGAAGAAGCCCCAGCCUUGCGCUUGCACACGGAGUUGAAAGAUGAGACUGCUGUGCGCGAGAAUAUACAAAGGUUCGGUCAGGAAUUCGAUCGCAGCGCUCAAGCAGUACAGGUACAACGUCAGCUGGAACGACGCAAAGUCCGUGGCGUCGACUGAGUACAAUCGAGGUGCCAUGAACACCGCAGCCACCGUCGUGCAGAGCCAGCCAAAGCCUGUGCACAGCCAAGCGGUAUUGAUGAGCUGCCUCAAGCCCACUGUCGGUGCGGAAUGUCCUUUGUCUGAUGCUUUGACGAGACCAGGUUCACGCAGCGACGCCAAUCGAAGCCCUUCGCGAACAAUGAACGUUGUGGACAGCACAAGCUCGAGUGAGAAGCCCACGCCUGCCACAUGUGUUGGAAGAUGACGUAACGUUAGCAUAUUCAUGAAAAAUGUGCCCCCGCGCUGCAGGAACGACAGCGCCAGGAGGCGACUGCCGCCCGACACAACUUUAUCCACGACAUUCAUG